AGGAAGAUGCUGGCUGCUGCUGUCCCUAGCGUGCUGUCUGUUGUCACCCAAAAGCCCGCUAACAGGGUGCUUGUGGCAUCCUGUACCUAUUCAAAUGAUGCUACAUUUAAGAUUAAGAAAUAAGAAAUGGAAGCCCAGAAAUGUGAUCUUUAUCAGUUGGAAGAGGGUCCCCCUGUCACCCCAGUGCUCACCCGGGAGGAUGGACUCAGAUACUACAGGAUGAUGCAGACCGUUCGUCGAAUGGAAUUGAAGGCAGAUCAGUUGAAAAAACAGAAAUUUAUUUGUGGUUUCUGUCACUUGUGUGAUGGUCAGGAAGCUUGUUGUGUGGGUCUUGAGGCUGGGCUAAAUCCCACGGAUCAUGUCAUUGCAUCCUGUCGGGCUCACAGCUUAUGCUGUACUCGUGGACUUUCUGUCCCAUCAAUUCUUGCAGAGCCGACAGGUCGAAGAGGUGGCUGUGCUGAAGGAGAAGGAGGGUCAAUGCAUAUGUAGGCCAAUAACGUCUAUGGAGGCAAUGGCGUUGUCGGCGCUCAGGGACCGCCGGGAGCUGGUAUUGCUCUGGCCUGUAAAUAUAAGGGAGACAACGAGGUGUGUUAGACUCUACAUGGGAAUGGUGCUUCUAAUCAGGGUCAGACAUCUGAAGCUUAUAAUAUGGCAGCUGUGUGGCAUUUACCUUGUAUUUUCAUCUGCGAGAAUAACCGCUAUGGAACGGGAACAUCUGUUGAGAGAGCAGCAGCCAACACUGAUUGCUACAAGAGAGGCAGUUUCAUCCCUGGUCUAAGGGUAGAUGGAGUGGAGGUCUGUGUUCAGGAGGCAACUAAGGUUGCAGCUGACUAUUGUAGAUAUGGAAAGGGGCCCGUACUGAUGGAGCUGCUGACAUACCGUUAUCAUGGACACAGUAUGAGUCACCCUGGAAUCAGUUAUCAUACAUGAGAAGAAGUUCAGAAUUAGAAGAGCCAUCCUAUCAUGCUUCUCAAAGGUAAAAUGGUAAACAACAAACUUGCCAGUAUUGAAGAAUUGAAGGAAAUUGAUGCUGAAGUGAGGAAAGAAAUUGAUGCUGCUGCUCAGUUUGCUGUAACCGAUCCCAAACCACCUUUGGAAGAAUUAAGCCAUCACAUCUACAACACUAAUCCACCUUUUGAAAUUCAUGGUGCAAAUCAGUGGAUCAGGUUUAAGUCAGUCAGUUAA